AUGAUUUUGCCGCGCGAGAUUCCGGACAGUUCGGACAUUGUAUUCCGCCGGAAAAUUCGAGCAGCGACGGCGAAAAAAGAGCGACAAUGGCCCGAUGGGGUUGUUCCUUACAUAAUUUCAUCCAAUUUCUCGGGCGAGCACAAGAACCUAUUCCUGAAGUCGAUGCGACAUUGGGAGAACCAUACUUGCAUCAGCUUCGUACCGAGGACUCGAGCCCACAAGAAUUACAUCGUGUUCACCGUCGAUAAAUGUGGGUGCUGCUCAUACGUCGGGCGACGCGGCGAGGGUCCGCAGUCGAUUUCCAUAGGGAAGAAUUGCGACAAGUUUGGCAUAGUGGUUCACGAACUUGGGCACGUCGUCGGAUUCUGGCACGAGCAUACGAGACCAGAUCGGGAUUUAUAUGUCGACAUUUUCUACAAAAGUAUCGAAACUGGCCAAGACUACAAUUUCGAGAAGUCGAAACCGGGCGAAGUCGAUUCGCUGGGGGAACCGUACGAUUUCGCGUCAAUCAUGCACUACGCCAGAGAUACUUUCUCGCGCGGGAUCUUCCACGAUACAAUCCUGCCACGGCCGAGCUUCCGCCACGAAAUCGGGCAACGCAUCGAGCUCUCUGAAGGGGAUAUUAGACAAACGAAGAAGCUGUAUAAUUGCCCGGUUUGUGGUCAAACGUUUCUCUCGGAGACAGCUGAAUUGACACCGACGCACGAGGGGUACUGUGCCUGGCGAAUCAUCGCCCCCGAGGGAAAUACGAUAUUUUUGAACGUUUCCGGGCAGGAUUUACAGCUGCCCCUUGGCCCCUGUAACGAGGAAAUCGACAACUCGAUCGUCGUCCAUGACGGGAAUGACAAGAAUUCGAAAAUGAUAGAAAAACUCUGCGGCGAUGAUAUCACCUUUAAAACGGUUGUCUCCAGCGGAAAUCGGUUGUUUUUGGAGUUUAGGACUUCUCUACUGCCAAAUUUCCCGUUUGCUGUCUUUCACACGGUCUGCGGCGGGCCGAUCUACGAGGAUAGCGGCGUUUUGCAGUCUCCUAGGUACCCGGAUCCGUAUACGCCGGGCUCGGAUUGCCUGUGGCGAAUCCACGUGGAAGCCGGGCAUCAGGUCGCGCUGAAAAUCAACUUUUUUCAGGUAGAGCAGCAUAAGGACUGCAUCUACGACCGGCUGGUGAUUUGGGAGGGAGCCAAAGAGGGUGCUGGCGAACCUCUGGCCAAUCUUUGCGGUCAGCUCACCGACAAGUCGAUAAUUUCCAGGAGCAGCAAUGUGGUGACAAUACGAUUCACAUCCGACAACUCGGUACAGAAGGGCGGUUUCGAGUUGGAGUGGCAGAAGGAGCUGGAUGAGUGCCACUCCGGCACCCAUCCCUGUGAACAUAUUUGCGAGAAUACUGUCGGCGGGUUUAGAUGCAAAUGCGAGAUCGGGUUCAGCCUGCGGGAGGAUGGGAGGACUUGCGAAAGCACUUGCGGCGGAUUUCUCCACGCCUCUAAUGGCUCAAUCCAAAGCCCGAAUUUCCCGCAGCACUACCCUCCGGCCAAACAUUGCGUCUGGGAAAUCGAAGCCCCGGAUGGAUAUCACAUCUUCAUCAAUUUCACGCGCUUCAACGUGGAGGGUAUGAAAACGGAGUGCGCGUACGACUUUGUACGGAUUGGGGCGCGGAGCAAGCUGUGCGGCGAGUAUGCCGAGCCCCUCCUCUUCACCUCCGAGACAAACCUCGUACGCCUUGAGUUCGUCUCGGACGGGAGCGUCGAACGUUCCGGCUUUUCGAUGAACUUCUUCGCCGACCUGGACGAGUGCCAGCAUCAGAAUGCCGGAUGUGAGCAUGUCUGCGAAAAUAGGAUUGGUACCUACAAGUGCAGCUGCAACCCCGGGUUUGUCCUCGCCGACGACGGGCACAACUGCAAGGAAGGCGGCUGUUUCUUUGAGCUCAACGACCCGUCAGGCGAAAUCACCUCGCCCAACCACCCGAAUGAGUAUCCAAAGGGCGAGAAUUGCACGUGGCAUGUGUUAACGACUCCUGGGCAUCGAAUUUCGCUGGACUUCGAGACGUUCGAGCUGGAGGAACACUCGUUGUGCACUUACGAUAAACUUGAGGUUUUUGAUGGAGCCUCCUCCUCAUCCUCCCUCCUUGGUCUCUUCUGUGGCGGCAGUGUACCCCCGACUACAGUAUCCUCCUCGAACCAGCUGUUCGUCAGCUUUGUGGCCGAUGCCUCGGUCAGCCGGAGAGGGUUCCACGCUACUUAUCAAUCAGAAUGUGGUGGCCAGCUGCCGGCCGAACGCUCGUCGGGCUAUAUUUAUUCGCAUGCUUCAUACAGUGACAACAACUACCCCUCAAAUUCCGAUUGUCACUGGAAAAUCACGGCAAAAAAUGGAAAGGGCGUUAAGUUGAAGUUCCACGCGUUCCACAUCGAAUCCGACGCGGCGUGCCAGUACGACUACGUCGAAGUUUACGACGGUCCGGUUGCCAAGGAACAGAAAUUAUUCGGCCGUUUUUGCGGCGAUACAAUGCCUGAGGAGAUUGUGAGCACGGGCAGCGAAAUGUUGCUGAUGUUGCAUACGGAUGACAGCGUCGAGGAAAAGUUUUUGUUCAGGGUCUCCAACCCGCCAAAACGCGGCCCAGACGGCUACCACUUGGUCCAUGCCCUCUACGGGCCCGAUUUUUUCGAAUUUUUGAGGGAAAUUCGAGAUUUCCUUGACGAGCACCGGAAAGAGAUGGUGAUCCUCGACAUGAACCACCUCUUCCAAAUCCAGCCGCGCGACCACGACGAGCUGGAGGAGCAGAUUGUUCGACUCUUUGGCGAGGACCGGUUUUGCAGGGAACUCCCGCACGAUCAGGUGACCCUGGCGAACUUGUGGGCCGCCGGGAAGCAGCUCAUUUGCAUCACGGCGCUCAAGGACUACCCGCAGGAUGGGCGAUUCUGGCGCGGGAAGCCGACGAUCUGCGCCCCGUACCCGGAGACGAACAACCUCGGCGAAUUGGUCGAGUUUUUGGAGGUGAUGCAGACCAAGUGCCGCCCCACCACGCUUUUUCAAUUCUACGUCACCCAGGGAAUUUUGACGGCGACUGGGAGGGAUAUUGUCCGAAACCCCUUCUCCUCGCUCGAGAAACAUCUGGCCACCAGGGCCACCGCGGCAAUUCGGAAUUGGUUGACAUCGUACCCCCACCCCGAGCUCAUCAACAUUGUCAUCGUCGAUUUCGUCGACGCGGAAUAUUGCCGGGAGGUCGUCGAGCUGAACACGAAGAAAUUAAAAUGCCUGAAA